UCCAUGUAUUAACAACCUUGGUCACGUUCAUCAGAGCCAGAGGAGCCAACAACCAAAGAGAAGAAUUUGAAACUCACCACCAAAGUAUCGAUCGAUUAGUGAUGGAGAGUUCAUCGAAUUCUGACCAAAACGAGGUAUCUGUAUCGGGAACUCCAACGAGCUCUGUUUCUUCGCCGUACCGGAGAACGUACUCAGAUAUCUCCGGAUUAUCUCACCGUUUCGACGUUCAGAGCUUUUAUAACCGGCCGUCAAAAACUAACGCCGUUGUCUUGAGUGGCCAUGACGAAGAUGUAUCCGAAGACGCCGUGGAACCAAAAGAUGACGUCGAUGCAGAUGGAGAGGAAGGAGACAGCGACAUUGAUUCUGCAGAAGAUGCAGAACUAGAGAUGAUGAGGGAAAGAUUUGCGAAGCUAUUGCUUGGUGAAGAUAUGUCGGGAAGCGGGAAAGGAGUUUGUACAGCUGUUACUGUCUCAAACUCUAUAACCAAUCUUUAUGCGACUGUGUUUGGACAAAGUUUAAGGUUACAACCAUUGAGUACAGAGAAGAAAGAUUUAUGGAAGCGAGAGAUGAAUUGUUUUAUGUCUAUUUGUGAUUACAUUGUCGAAGUUAUUCCAAGAUCUCUUGGUACUAAUGUUGAGAUAACAGAAACAAAGCUAAGAUCUGAUAUUCUCAUGAGUCUUCCCGCUUUGAGAAAACUCGAUAACAUGCUAAUGGAAAUAUUGGACAGUUUCACAGACAAUGAGUUCUGGUACGUUGAAAGAGGAAGCUCAUCUAUGAACUCGAGUGGUGGUGGUAGAGAUACAGGAACGUUUAGGAAAGUGGUGGUUCAACGGAAAGACGAGAAAUGGUGGCUUCCGGUGCCAUGUGUUCCUGCUGAAGGUUUAUCGGAAGAAGAACGAAAGCAUUUGCGUCACAAACGCGAUUGUGCCAGUCAGAUACAUAAAGCAGCAUUGGCCAUUAACGAUUCAACUCUUAAUGACAUGGAUAUUCCUGAUUCUUAUCUCACCACUCUUCCAAAGAGUGGGAAAGCAAGUGUAGGAGACGUGAUAUACAAGCAACUAUGCACAGCUGAGAAGUUUUAUCCUGACCAGCUUCUCGACAUCUUGAAGAUCACAUCGGAGCAUGAGGCGCUUGAGCUCGCCGACAAAGUUGAGGCUUCACUAGUGACGUGGAGGCGUAAGACUGGAGGAUUGACUCACUCUAAGUCCUCAUGGGACAUGAUGAAAGAUAUAGGUGGCGAUGCAGAUCGUGGCAAUGACAAGAACCACAUUCUUGCGGCUCGAGCCAGGAGCUUACUCUUUUGUCUGAAACAGAGAUACCCUGAACUUUCUCAGACCUCACUUGACAUCUGCAAAAUUCAGUUUAACCGAGAUGUGGGAAAGGCGGUACUAGAGAGCUAUUCAAGGGUAUUAGAAGGUUUGGCUUAUAAUGUUGUGUCGUGGAUUGAUGAUGUUCUUUACGUCGACAGAACAGUGAGGAACAGAGAAGACUAGGGUUUUCAUACCAAGGUUUUUCUUUUGGGAUGUAAUGAGAAUACAAAACAAAUGUGUUUUUGUUGUUGUUGUUAUUAUUGUUUUCUUAAUUUCUGAACCAAUUGAGAGUGAACAAGA